GUCUAUAUCAUGGACUGUACAUCAUGCUAGAUGCUACCAUAUGAUUGUUUACAUUCCUCAGACAACCCACAGGCCGUGUAAUUGAUGUUCAAAUGUCUCAAGACUCUGACCUGCCUCCGUUACCAAGUGUUAUCUGGGGAUCAAAUAUGACAUUUGGUUAAACAGGCCUAUUGAGGUGAUAUUUUUCUAGCCGCAAGGGACACUGCACAGAACUUUACCCGGCAGUGCCAUGAGGUUUGACGAUAUCCUGAUCCGUAUAGGAGAAUUCGGCUACUUCCAGCGCCGCCUUUACCUGCUGCUAUGUAUGCCGGCCAUAGUCACCGCCUGUUAUAUGAUGAUACUGGUCUUUGUCAUGGAACCUCCAGAACACAGAUGUAAAUUACCUGAGUGGGAAAACGACACUUAUGAGAUCCAAAGUGAAGAACACCGGAAGUGGAUUAAUUAUACCAUACCUCCAUCCAACGACGAACAACAUGUCUACGAUCAGUGUCACUAUUACGCUUGGAAUAAAAGUGAAAGUUCACCCAUCAACAGAACUGUUGAGGCUUGUUCAGAGUGGGUUUAUGACAAAAGUGUAUUCCUGGAAACAUUUACAUCACGUCAUAAUCUUGUAUGCGGCGAGUCGAUCAAAACGUCAGUGGCAGAGAUGGUCUUUUACUUUGGAGUACUGGUGGGGGAUAUAUCAUUUGGACUUCUAUCCGAUGUAAUCGGAAGAAAGAAAACAUUCUCCAUUACGGUCAUUAUCUUGUUGGCCUCCUCCACAGCGACAGUAUUCGCACCAGAGUUCUACAGUUUCUGCGCCCUCGAAUUUAUCAAUGGUGCUGCCGUGCACGGAGCAUUCAUGGUUUGUUGCGUGCUUGGUCUCGAGAUGGUUGGACCCAGUAAGCGGGUAUGGGCGGGUAUUCCUAUCCAUAUUUUUUUCGCUGUCGGUCUGGUUUACCUGGCGGGAAUCGAGUACUUCACCCGGAACUGGCAGUACGUCCAAAUCGCCAUCACAGCACCAGUUACCCUCUUCCUUCUCUAUUGGUGGCUGAUAACAGAGUCCCCAAGAUGGCUGGUUAGUCAGAGCCGUUACGACGAGGCCAACACGAUAAUACUAAAGGCAGCCAAGGCGAAUAAUGUAGAUAUGAAGGGAGACAAACUUGUAGACCUUUCAACAUUAGAGACACCGAAACAGGGCAACAUCUGGGAGCUCUUCAAGUCUAAAGUUCUGUUUUUUAGGACCAUGAUUUUAUUUUAUAAUUGGAUCGUAAUCAGUAUGGUGUACUACGGGGUUACAAUGCAUACCGGAAACUUAGGCGGCAACUUCUACCUAAAUUUCUUUAUCCUGGCCGUUGUUGAAUUUCCUGCUAAAGCCAUGACGAUGGUUUUACUUAACCGUAUCGGCAGAAAGAAGAUGCACUGUACGUGUAUGAUGAUCGGCGGGAUUGCAUGCCUCUGUACCAUUUUUACUGUCGUAUACGGAGGGGACAGUCUUCAACCUGUAACGCUGACUCUGGCAAUUAUUGGAAAAUUUGGAUCUGCAGCAGCAUUUGGAGUGAUAUAUAUAUACUCUUUGGAACUUUACCCAACAGUGGUGAGGAACGGAGGCAUGGGUAUGAGCUCCUGUGUAGCUCGUGUAGGAGGAAUGGUGGCGCCGUAUGUAGCCAAGUCGGGUGACCUGGUAGGAGGACGAUUCGGCCAGGCCUUGCCGCUGGUAAUAUUUGGCGGCUGUUCUGUUCUGGCUGGUAUUUUAACACUUUUCCUGCCUGAGACGCAUGGCCGAAAACUACCUGAAACAAUCCAAGAUGGAGAGGAAUUUGGAAGAAAACCAAAAGGAGCUUCGACAGCAAAUUUAGUGAUAUCCACGGACACUAUCAACAGUAUAUCUACAGGGUUAAACGGAAAACAACUGAUGAAAGAUGAAGAUUUUAAACCAAAUAAAUCCGACUGAAAGAGGAAACCAUAGCCGAGGUUUAGUGAAUGGGUUUUGGUAUAUGACACCUUCACUGGUGGUGACAGAGCAACCUGAAGAACAAUUUGAAUAAGGAUUUAAUUUGUCACAUUUUCAUGUCAUGCACCUACCAAAAUAAAGAUAAUAAAUUCAUUCAUGUUAUUGAUAAUUGA